AUGAUCUGCCGCCGGUGCCGAACCAGCAUCCUCUCCCAACUCCAACCCCAACCCACAGUGUCAUGGACCGCUUCAGCAUCAUCAUGCACUCGCCAGCUCCCCAUCCACCGCAGCCAAUUCCGAUCCUACAGUGACGGCAAACCCACUGUAUUCGCCUCACCUCCCCCGCCUACUCCCCGCCAGCCCGUCGCCGCCGACAUCACCAUCCCCUCGGCCAUCUCGUCCGCAACCCCCGGCGUGUCGCAGCCGCUGAGCACCCCCGAAGAAAGCGUCCACGUGGACGUCAACCCCGAGAAGCCGGCGCCGGCGGCCGUCAAGCCUGCCGCUGAGCGGACACCUAGCAUUGCGCCUGCGGGGACGAAGCUGAAUGGGCUGAAUUACUUCAAGAAUAAGCCGGAUGUGUUUGCGUUGGAGGACUCGGAGUAUCCCGAUUGGUUGUGGGGGUUGUUGGAGGAUGGGUCGAAGGCGAAGAAGGAGGGAGGGGUGGACCCCAGCACUCUGAAUAAGAAACAGCGGAAACGCUACGAGAAGAAAAUGGCUGCGAGGGCGGCGACGCUGCCGCCUCAGAUCCCGGUUCAUCAUCAUGCUACGGAUAUCACGCCUGCGGAGUAUAACCGUGAACGGGCGGAAGAUGUUCUUGCGUUGGCGGCCGAGAGCAUUGAGAAGCGGACGGAAAUUACGAAGAGCGCGAGAGAUGCUCGGAGGAAGGCGAUUAGGGAGGCGAACUUCCUGCGGGGGCUGUGA